AUGCGACGGAUUGCGAGGCAUUUGGGUAUGCUGAAUGACAUUUCGAGUCGCAUUAGUAGUUAUUAACUGAAAAAAGCAGGAGAUGCGAUUAGCGAGAUUAAAAACGCUGUGAAGAAGUAUAAAAAGUGUAACUUUCUCGGGCUGUUGGUCGAAAACAUUUCAACUUUUGAAAAGUUUACCUUUGCUCGUAACGCAAAAGUUCAACGAAUCAGAAAGAAAAUUUCGUUUAGUGAAGAAGAGAAGUUAUCAAUUUUCGUGAUUCUGUCUGUUAUCUCUUCGUCCUCUUUCUCUGUCCAGUGUAAAGUCAAUUUCGUUGUUUAACAUUGAAUUUUUGCGAGAAAAAAGAAGAUAGAAAGGGUAUUAAUUAGCCGCCGGAGACAAGCAGUUUGUUCCUGUUUUGGGGAGGCCUUCUGUGUGUUUAUAGCACCCUUUUGCGUCUAAAAGCCCCCUCUAUGUCCCGAAACUGUCGAUCCUCCACUUGACAAGUGAUGUAAUCGAGAUCGCAAUCACAUCUCAAGCCUUAUUUCCUCAGCUGUGUGCGCGCUUGGUUUCCAAGGCAAAGCCGAAGAGGGAGAUGAGAAAUAGGAGAUGUCGGGGAGCGAGACGAGAGAAGGAAACCUCGAAAAAAUGAUGACAAUUCCCCAUUUUGUCAUGUUUUUCCGUCACUUCCACCUUCAUUUCGCGGCUGCCGCACUGCCUCAAUAUCAACAAAAGCUGUGCUCGCGGAGCUCUAUUUGCCUCUUCUUGCUUCGUUUUCUUGCUUCAGUCUCUCUCUCCCUCUCUCUCUCUGUCCAUUCAAAGUUCCUUUUCAGUACAGCAAUUCCGGAUGACGUACUGCCAAACGUUCCUGAACAGACUGACGCCGUUGACUCGGUUCCGACUUCACACUGGCAACGUCAAUGGAUACACACAAUUGAAGGUGAGGACUGGCUGACACGAAACGAGACCGACUGACCUUCCAGUACGAAAACGAAUGAGAGAAAGAGUGCGCGCGUGAUAAAAACUUGUCAGAAAACAGGGUCUGGACGUCGCGUCGGAGACGUCGACCGUAUAAUGCUAGCGACAAGAUGGAAACGAGACGGGGAAAGUAGGAAUUAAGGGGGAAUAAUGAGGAACUUGCUCAUUAGGACAAUGCAAAAUAUUUCGUAAUAUUAAUGCAAUUCAUGUUGCAGGUGCGUCGAUUCGAAACCUCUGCGGAAGAGCUCUCGGCAUGUCUGGACCUCCAAUUAAACUCAAAUCCGAUUGCCGCCGAAUUCCAGGUAUUCCCGGCCGCCCAAAUUCUUCAUGAAUCGUGACUUCCAGGAGAACAGCUGCUUGUUGCUGUGCGACAAUGACCACAUAGACAACUACGAGAGAGACGAGAUCAAAAUUACGAUGAAAGUACGUGGGACUAGAGGGCGUUGGAAUCUGGAAUGCAAUCAUUCUUUUUGCAGGUCUUUCUGUCUGCGUGGGAUAUUCAACAGAUUGACCAGGCAGUCACGAGUCUGAAAGAGCAGCUCAAAACGAAAGAUAUUGAGGUUAGAAUGUGAGCAUGAGUGUAAAAACAAAUCGAAAUUCCAGGUGCUCAUUCUUUCGUUUCCGGAGUUGGAAUUGAUCGACGGAGAAUCGGAAGAUGACGAGCACCGUCGUUGGUUUGAGAAAGUGAAGCCGUUGUACGAGUACAUGGAGAAACUCGUUGACACUUCCGAGAUUGCCUCCAUCGGAGUCUCGGAUUUCUCGGCCAGACAGCUGAAGGAAGUUCUGGCGCAAUUUGACGUGAAGCCCAGCAUCAACCACGUUCGCCUCGACGGAUGCUGCCAAGUUCCUCCAGAGUUGCAGGCACUUGCCAAUGACAACGACGUCCAAUUGCUUGUGCACAACGAUCCCACUCCAUUCCCAACUAACAACAUUUUCAAAACUUUCUGUCAAGUAGGUUUCGGAUAUUAAUACUUAUAUCAUCCUCAAUAGGCUGUAAACCGGGGAAAAUUUUGGAGAACUUUCAAAAGACAUUUUGAAAUUCGGAAGACUUUCUCGCUUCAGAAAUUGUAAAAUCUGUGUUCAGGUCAGUGAUAGCUGCUCGACUUCCAUGUGCUCCCCUCUUUUCGAGACGACGUGGCUUUCUCGGUACUCCGUUUGGGUCCGAAAGCGCUCAAUCAUGACUUCAAAGGGAUACAUCGUGCAAUUCAUUCGAAAACAGGACUAA